AUGGAGAGCUCGGGCGAGGAAACGGGACGGAGCGCUCCCCCCGCGCCGCACGCCCCCGCCCCGCUGCCCAACGGGUCCAAUAAGAUCAUCGGACGCAACGUGAAUGGAACCAUGGUGGUGACGUCGGCCCCAGCCAACGAGGCCGAGCUUCAGCUGUACCGCGUGAUGCAGCGCGCCAGUUUGCUGGCCUACUACGACACGCUGCUCGAAAUGGGUGGGGACGACGUCCAACAGCUGUGUGACGCCGGCGAGGAGGAGUUCUUGGAGAUCAUGGCUCUAGUGGGCAUGGCCUCCAAGCCGCUCCACGUCAGGCGCCUCCAGAAGGCCCUCCAGGAGUGGGUCAACAACCCCGCCCUCUUCCAAAUACCCAUCGUCCCGAACCUCUGUCCCGCAGAAAACCCCUUCAUCCAGUGCAACCAAAGAUUACUCAACAUACCCCCUUCAAUACCCAACGUUUUACCCAGAACUGUAGCGUCACCAGAUAAUAAUAGACCAAUGUAUAGUCCGUCUCCUGGGGCUCCAGAGAACAGCUGCGGUUCGAACGCGUCAGGUCCCAACGCAAGUCCAGUCCACCAAACGAAUACCUUCACCAAAAUAGUCCUUCCAACCUCCCCCGCGCCUGCUACUCCUAUAACCACUACAGCAUCCAGGUCCUUCUCCCCUCAAAGUGCGUGUCCACCAGCGUCUGCAGGCUCUAGUCCCAGCUCCGUCACAUCCCCAGUGCAGUUAACGCCAGUUUUAUUAGACGUUCAUGUACAGAAGUUGGCGGGUGCGGCCGAAAAGUUGAGCAAACAUUUGCCCCAACUGGAACCCAAGCCACAGAACACAAAAAAGAAGAUGUGCAAAGACCUGGAGCUGGUGAUGAUGAUGCCAGAGUCAGAUCCAAGGCGAAUGGAGGAGAUCAGGAAGUACGCGGCGAUAUAUGGCAGAUUCGACUGCAAGAGGAAGCCAGAGAAACCUUUGACGCUUCACGAGGUGAUGGUGAACGAGGCAGCCGCGCAGAUCUGCCGCUGCGUGCCAGCGCUGCUGACGCGGCGCGACGAGCUGUUCCCGCUGGCCCGGCAACUCGUGCGCAGGGCUGGCCUACACUACUCGAAACACGGGUCAGUAUCAGGGGCGUAG